AUGGCAGCCGUUUCAGCACUAACUGAGGAACUGGAGUCUGUAACCAGUGAGCUACAUGCAAUAGACAUUCAAAUUCAAGAACUUGUGGAAAGGCAACAAGAACUUACAAAGAAAAAGACAAUCCUAACAAAGAAAAUAAAACAGUGUUUAGAGGAUUCUGCUGCUGGAGCAAGCAAUGAUUGUGAUUCUUCCCCUGAUGCUUGGAAUAAAGAAGAUUUUCCAUGGUCUGAUAAGGUUAAAGAUGUUUUGCAAAAUGUCUUUAAACUCCAGAUGUUCAGACCACUUCAGCUUGAAACUAUUAACGUAACAAUGGCUGGAAAGGAGGUAUUCCUUGUUAUGCCUACAGGAGGUGGAAAGAGCUUAUGCUAUCAGUUACCAGCAUUAUGUUCAGAUGGCUUUACACUUGUGAUUUGUCCAUUGAUCUCUCUUAUGGAAGACCAAUUAAUGGUUUUGCAACAAUUAGGAAUUUCAGCUACCAUGUUAAAUGCUUCUAGUUCUAAGGAGCAUGUGAAAUGGGUUCAUGCUGAAAUGGUAAAUAAAAACUCCAAGUUAAAGCUCAUUUAUGUGACUCCAGAAAAAAUUGCAAAAAGCAAAAUGUUUAUGUCAAGACUAGAGAAAGCUUAUGAAGCAAGAAGAUUUACUCGAAUUGCUGUGGACGAAGUUCACUGCUGUAGUCAGUGGGGACAUGAUUUCAGACCUGAUUAUAAGGCACUUGGUAUCUUAAAGCGGCAAUUCCCUAACACAUCUCUAAUUGGGUUGACUGCAACUGCAACAAAUCAUGUUUUGAAGGAUGCUCAGAAGAUUUUGUGUAUUGAAAAGUGUUUUACUUUUACAGCUUCUUUUAAUCGGCCAAAUCUUUAUUAUGAGGUUCGGCAGAAGCCGUCAAACACUGAUGAUUUUAUUGAGGAUAUUGUGAAGCUUAUUAAUGGGCGAUACAAAGGACAAUCAGGAAUCAUAUACUGUUUCUCUCAGAAAGACUCUGAACAAGUUACUGUUAGUUUACAGAAUUUGGGAAUUCAUGCAGGUGCUUACCAUGCCAAUAUGGAGCCUGAAGAUAAGACAAAGGUUCACAGAAAAUGGUCAGCCAAUGAAAUUCAGGUCGUAGUGGCAACAGUUGCAUUUGGUAUGGGAAUUGAUAAACCAGAUGUGAGGUUUGUUAUACAUCAUUCAAUCAGCAAGUCUAUGGAGAAUUAUUACCAAGAGAGUGGACGUGCAGGUCGAGAUGACAUGAAAGCCGACUGUAUUUUAUAUUAUGGCUUUGGUGAUAUAUUCAGAGUAAGUUCAAUGGUGGUGAUGGAAAAUGUGGGACAACAGAAGCUUUAUGAGAUGGUGUCAUACUGUCAGAACAUAAGCAAAUGUCGUCGUGUAUUGAUAGCUCAACAUUUUGAUGAAGUGUGGAACUCAGAUGCAUGUAACAAAAUGUGUGAUAACUGCUGUAAAGACAUCGCAUUUGAAAGAAAGAAUGUAACAGAGUACUGCAGAGAUCUAAUCAAGAUCCUGAAACAGGCAGAGGAGCUGAAUGAAAAGUUGACUCCAUUGAAACUGAUUGAUUCUUGGAUGGGAAAGGGUGCAGCAAAAUUGAGAGCAGCAGGUGUCACUCCUCCCAUACUUCCUCGUGAAGACCUGGAGAAAAUUAUUGCACACUUUCUUCUACAGCAGUAUCUUAAAGAAGACUACAGUUUUACAGCUUAUGCUACCAUUUCAUAUUUGAAAAUAGGACCAAAAGCCAAUCUUCUGAACAAUGAGGCGCAUGUUAUUACCAUGCAAGUAAAGAAACCUACACAAAGCUGUUUCGGGGUUGAAUCAUCUCAAACUUGUCAUUCUGAACAAGGGGACAGCAAGAAGCAAGAAAAAAAAUCAGGUAACUUCUACAAGAAGUCUGUAAACAUGCUUCAGCAAUCUAAGAAUACAGGAGCUAAGAAAAGAAAAUUUGAUGAUGUCUGA